AACUUUAUGAAGUAACGCUCGCUGGAGGAAAGCCUCUGUGGGACUCUGAAUCUUACCAACAUCACAUUACGUCGUCCUGUUCGUGUUUGGCGAUGACUUGAUGAUCCACGCUCUUCAGAUAAGGGUUUUUUUGGACAGCUUGGAGGGGUUGAGCAAACAGAGUGGGACUCGGUUCACGUGCCAGGACGAAACUUCCUUCCUUGUUGGGUUCGACAGAAAAAACACUUGGAGCUUGAUAUAAGCGCACUAUGCUUCGAUUUCACUCACAUUUUCGGCCUCGGACGUCCGAACGCAGACGUGCCUACGCCCCGCAGCUUUUCUGACGCCGACAUCAUGUUUUCGACGGCACGCGCUCUGCUCAUUCCCGUGAUUUUCCUGUGCGGGCUGGAGGAAGUCGCGCUCGCUCAGCACGGACACUGCGCCGCGGAUCGCUGUUUUGCGCUUUUCCUGAAACCCGCAAACUAUUCGGCGGCGCAAAGGGGCUGCCAGGACUCCGGCGGACGAUUAAUGGAUGCGGCCACGGAGCACGCGGGGGAGGCGUUCGCCAGCUUUGAGCGCGCGAUCCGCGGCCGUUUCUGGGUGAACGACAGCAACAGGACUGGCACCCAACGCCGCUCCCUCGUCUCCGUGACGACGAACGGAAGCUCCACGCUCCCCGCAGAGCAUGACUCUGAUACACUGAGCGGGUACAUGUGCCAGUAUACAGUCAAUGAGCCUUGCAGCAGCUUGCGCGCGGGUUCACGGAUGAGCUACGUCGCGUACGAAGGAUUUGAGGUGAAAGACUCGGAACAUUUUCCCCAAGGAACCAUCGCCACGGCGGAAACGCCUGGCGCCGAAUAUGCGGACUCAAAGCACGUGUGUUUCAUGGGGGUCUGGAUAAAGGCUCCCUGGUCGUGUGAGGUGUUUAAUGGGGGCUGUGAGCACCGCUGCAAUGGGACCAGUCAAACGUGCACGUGCCCCGCAGGGCGAAGUCUCCAUCCCAACAACGUCACUUGCGCCAAAGAUCCGCGAGCGUGCCAGAAGCACGGGGGCGAGGUGGCGCAGGACGGGAAGGGCUGCGUGGACGCGGACGAGUGCAAACAGAGGAACCCGUGCACGCGUGAAAACCAAGAGUGCGUGAACGAGCCGCAGGGGGCCGUUUGCCGCUGCAUAGACGGCUUCGCGGAGGAGGACGGCGUCUGCGUGAACACCACCAUCUGUUUCUCCUGCGAGCACAGGUGCGAGAAGAUCCGCGGCGUCUACGAGUGCAGGUGCCUCGACGGCUUCAGGGUGUCGCCCCGGAACCCCACCGACUGCGAGGAGCACUGUGCGGAGAAAGACUGCCCGGCAAGGUGUGACCCGAACGCCGACAAGAAGGGCCAGCGCCAGUGCUUCUGCCCCGACGGCUACAUCCAAGACACGAUGGACAACGACACCUUCUGCACGGACAUAGACGAAUGUGACAACGAGCAGUGCGGCCACAGGUGUGAGAACUCGUUCGGGAGCUUCAGGUGUUUGUGUGAGGAGGGCUACGCGCUGGAGGACGACGGCUACACGUGUCUGCGCACCGACGGAGAGGCGGAGGACGCCGGAUCGGGCGUCAGUCCGUCCGACCCCGCGCCGGCCGACGCGCACGCGGCCGCGGUGCCGUUUUACGUCAAGACGGGCAGCGUCAUGGGCAUCGCCGUGUUCGUCGCGCUCGGCGCCGCGCUGCUGUAUUUGCUGUGGAGGAGCAUGAGCAAGCGUUGCGGCAAGUUCGAGCUCACCUCCCUCAAAGGGCCGGACAUUUUCUACCUGCAGCAGAUGAGCACAGACACGUACAAGAGGUUGUCGUUUGACAAACCGUUCAAAAACGACUCCCAGAGAGUUUAACGCUCUUGUUUUUAUUCCUCUUGUGAGUCAAUCACUGUUCUAAUAGGAUAUUUGGGACUUCUUCACGCAUUGAAUGAAAAUUGUUUCACUUUUUAAAGCUGAAGAGCGAAUUGUGAAUAGGUAGAUUUUUAUAUUAAAUAGGAAUUUAUUUACUGGAGCUGUAAUUUAUUGUUUUGCUGCUAAGAGAAAACAAAUAUUGGAUUUCUUUUCCAAUUCAAUCACACUGAAAUAGGUGGGAAGAAUGUCUGCUGGCAAAAGAAACUAAAAUGUUGGUCUGGUCACUUUAAAAACGUAAAAAUGAAACGUGGCCAUCAGUGGGUUUUGUUGCCUUUUAAUUACACUGUACACACAUACACACACUGGAUAACUUUUAAUGGGCUUUAGUGUUUGCUUGACAUGCUUCGUUCAACACACUUCACACCUAAACUACACAAACCUUUCUCUUGAUCUGGAUACAAAGCUCAUUAUUGCCUAAUGUGAACAAUGUUGGCUCAUAAAAGCUCCUGUUUAUCCUGAGUUAUUGAAAGAUUCACUGUUUGUGUUGUGAUCAUACAGUUCAUCUCAGAAUAACCUUAACCCAAACUGCUAUUGAGCGACUGAACACUGACAAACUCACUACUGUUUAUAAAAAACAGAUUUUUCUGAUGCUGCCUGACUUUUGAUGUAUGAAAACCUACUGUAUUUAAUGGCUCACAAGUAUACGUGACAAACUGUCAGAGGUGCAUUAUUCAUUAUUCAAAUAUCUGUGUUCCAUGAGUUUGAAUGUUAUUACUGUUUGCCACGGUAAUGAUGAGCCACACAUGAAUGUAAAGCUGCACUUCUAUAAUUUCCUCAUUAGGAAAAGUCACCUGAAGAUGUCACUUUUGAAUAUGUACAACAGAAUAAAAAUAUAGACCUACA